CGGUGAGAGAGGCUUCACUUUGUAGAUUAGUGCCUGUGGAUAGUGUAACUACUGCGCGCUGGAAAGACACUUCUUCAAUGCAAUCGGGAUUACAGCCAGGCAGAGAGCAGAAAACACCUCUUUCCUAAACACACUGGACAACCAUUUUUAUGACUCGUCUCCCAGAUGCCGCCACCUUGGUAGCCGGGACACGCGUGGGCCACCAUGGAGGGCGGGCGGCUACUCACCUGCUGCCUCUCCCUCCCCUGCUUCUUGCUUCUCAUCGGCUCCAACAUCUCGGCUUUCCUGAGGGCAGAGGAGCAACUGCUGAUCCCGCAGCGAUGUGGCAAGAAGGAGCACCCCUUGGUCCUCUUUAGAGAUCUGAGUCCAUGGGUGUCGAACUUCAGCUUUCCAGGAGUGUCCGACUACUCUCAACUGGCCAUUGAUCUCAGCAGGAAUCAACUGUUAGUCGGUGCCAGAAACUACCUCUUCCAACUCACCCUGGACAAUGUCUCUCUUAUACAGGCGAUGGAAUGGGGUCCAGAAGAAGACACCAAGAAGGCUUGUCAGAGCAAAGGGAAGACCGAGGAGGAAUGUCAGAAUUAUAUUCGAGUACUACUGAUUAACGGGAAGAAAAUAUUCGCCUGCGGAACCAAUGCCUUCUCUCCAACCUGCACAAACCGACAGCUGGGAAACCUGAGCGUGACCUUCGACAAGUUCAACGGCGUGGCGAGAUGCCCCUACGAUCCCAAACACAAUUCCACCGCGGUGAUCACCUCACGGGGGGAGCUGUACGCGGCCACUGUCAUCGACUUCUCCGGUCGAGACCCUGCCAUCUACCGCAGCCUGGGCAAUGGGCCUCCGCUCCGAACCGCACAAUACAACUCCAAAUGGCUGAAUGAACCCAACUUCAUCUCGGCCUACGACAUCGGCCUGUUCAUCUACUUCUUCUUCCGUGAGAACGCGGUGGAGCACGACUGCGGCAAGACGGUGUACUCGCGGGUGGGGCGGGUGUGCAAGAGCGAUAUCGGCGGCCGCUUUCUGCUGGAGGACACGUGGACAACCUUCAUGAAGGCCAGGCUGAACUGCUCGCGCUCCGGAGAGGUGCCCUUCUACUACAACGAGCUGCAGGGCACCUUCUACCUCCCUGAGCAGGACCUCCUCUACGCCAUCUUCACAACCAACGUGAAUAGCAUCGCGGCCUCUGCAAUCUGUGCCUACAAUCUCAGCGCCAUCACCCAGACCUUCAACGGUCCCUUCCGAUAUCAGGAGAACCCUCGGUCAGCUUGGCUGCCUGUGAGGAACCCCAUUCCCAACUUCCAGUGCGGCUCUAUGGGUGACAAUGGACCCAACGAGAACCUGACGGAACGCAGCCUACAGGACGCCCAGCGGUUCUUCCUGAUGAACGAUGCGGUGCAGCCCGUCUCCGUGGACCCGCUGGUGACCCACGACAACAUGCGCUUCUCAAAGCUGGUGGUGGACAUCGUGCAAGGCCGGGACACUCUCUACCACGUGAUCUACAUUGGUACAGAGCAUGGCACCAUUCUGAAAACCCUCUCUCCGGAGAACAAGAGCCUGGGCAGCUGCUACCUGGAGGAGCUUCAGCUGCUGCCUCCUGGGCAACGGGAACCCAUCCGCAACCUGCAGAUCCUGCACAGCGACCGCUCCUUGUUCGUGGGCUUCGACGGGCGGGUGCUGAAGAUCCCUCUGGAGCGAUGCUUCUUGUACAAAUCCGAAAUAUCUUGUCUUGGGGCCAGGGAUCCGUACUGCGGCUGGGAUCUGAGACAGAAGAAAUGUACCACCAUCGAGGAUAGCUCCAACAUGAGUCUCUGGAGCCAGAACAUCACCGACUGCCCGAUAAGAAACCUCACGGUGGACGGUGAGUUUGGGUCUUGGUCUCCAUGGCAACUAUGCGAGGAGUCCACGAGGUCGUGCGUGUGCCGCUCCAGGUCAUGUGACAGCCCUGCCCCGGAGUGCGGAGGUCAUGAGUGUGAGGGGUCAAGGAUCGAAGUGGCAAACUGCUCAAGGAACGGCGGCUGGACUUUCUGGGCUUCCUGGGCUCCGUGCAGCACCACGUGUGGGAUUGGGUUCCAGGUUCGCCAGCGUUCCUGCAGCAAUCCCACUCCUCGCUACGGAGGGAGAGUGUGUGUCGGACAAAGCAGGGAGGAGCGGUUCUGCAACGAGAACACAGCGUGUCCGUCGCCAGUGUUCUGGUCGAGUUGGGGCCCGUGGACCAAGUGCAGUGCCGACUGCAGUGGAGGGAUGCACAUGAGGCAAAGGAGCUGCCAGAACGGGAACACAUGCCCCGGUUGUACGACGGAGCACCGGGCCUGCAACGUGGAUCCGUGCCAGGAGGUACGCAGGAACACGCCGUGGACGCCGUGGAUGCCGGUGAACAUCAGCCAGAGCGGAGCGCGGCACGAGCAGCGCUUCCGCUUCACCUGCCGGGCGCCCCUCGCCGACCCACACGACCUCCAGAUUGGCAAGAAGCGGGUGGACAACCGCUACUGUCCCGCUGACGGCAGCUCGGCCUGCACCACCGACCAUCUGGUGGAUGACCUGGUGAAGUUCAACCACCAAGUCCCCCGGAGGGUCGGCGGUGGCUGGUCGACGUGGACGCCCUGGUCCCCUUGCUCCCGUGAAUGCGAGACCGGCUUCCACUCCAGGAAGAGAAGCUGCUCCAACCCGGAGCCGACGAACGGCGGCCUGCCCUGCCUGGGAUCCCCCGUUGAGUAUGAGAACUGCAAUCAGCAGCUAUGUCCAGUGAAUGGAGCUUGGUCCUGUUGGUCACCUUGGUCGCGGUGUUCUGCCACAUGUGGCGGUGGGCACUACCAGCGUACGCGGACCUGCACCAAUCCAGUGCCGGCCAACUCCGGCGACAUCUGCAUCGGUCUACACUUGGAGGAAGCUCUCUGCAACACCCAGCCUUGUGAAGGUGGCUGGUCAGUGUGGACGGAGUGGAGCGUGUGCGAUGAGGAGAACGCCCAGUUCCGCAGCCGCCACUGCGAGGUGUCCAACCCAGGGGCGGUGCAGUGUGUUGGCAACAGCACCCAGCUCCGGACCUGCCUCUACAACGAAAUCCCAGUGAUUCAACCAGCGAUCGGGGGUGACUCCAAUUGUGGCCGUUUCAGCAUCUACCACCUGGUUGCCACAGGUGUGUCUACCUUCCUGGGCACCAGCCUGCUCACCCUGCUCAUCUACGUGUACUACCAGCGAUGCUACAGGCAAUCUCAGGAGUCGACAGUCAUUCACCCCAGCACCCCCAACCACCUCAACUACAAGGGCAGCACUCAGGCGAACAAGAAUGAGCUCUACAAUCCGAUGGAAAUCAAGACGCUGAACAAGAACAAUUUGAUUCCUGACGACAGAAGCAACUAUUUCUCCUCCCUACAACAGACAAAUGUGUACACCACUACGUAUUAUCCUACGAGCCUGAAUAAGUAUGACUACAAGCCUGAUUCUUCACCCGGAAGAACCUACACCUAACUACCUACAGGUAACUCCCACGGAGAUGGUGCUUCGAAUUGAACCCAGGAAGGACCUCUGCAAGCAAACCAUAAUCAUCGCAACGCACAUACGCAUCAUAGCAUCAGCCAAUCACGGAUCAAAUUUUCUUGAGGUCCUUCGUUGAAGAUUUGCACUCCUUCAAGAUCCACAGUCCAGAACCCUCGAAACUUGCUUAAGACUUCUGAGAAAACCAGGACUUUAAGGAGCAAUGGAUUUAAAAACAAAUAUAUAUAUAUAUAUAUAGACUCACGGACGACGAGAUAUAAUUCGUUUCUGACAGGAAAUGGCCAAACUCAGCUGGGAAAAUGGCCGCCACGAUUGCCGAACUAUACAAAGGGUUGCCGCGGCAACACGUCACCCCUCUCGCUCUCUCUAUGAAACUGUAGAAUUGCUGAAGAUUUUCUCUCCGAGAUUAAUUGGUAUAUCAGAAAGUGGAACUUUGAGAAUGUAACUGUAGAACGAGAACGUGGAAAUAGUCCCAACAAACCGAGACCAGGGGGGGGGGGGGGGGGGGGGGGGGGGGGAAAUGACAUUAUUUUUUUUAAUUAAUCGAAAAGUUUCUUUUUUCGCUUUCCCCCUUUCCAGUGUUUCUUUUCAGUUGGACGUUCUGGGGAGACUAACAGUAGCAACAAAAGAAAACAUAGUCUUACAUAGAGUUUACUGUUUAGAAGUGGGGGGGGUGGGUUAGCCACAAAAGAUCCAAACCAGUGUUUAUGUUAUCAGUGUCCUCUGCAUUUCACCCCCUCCAUUGGUAGGACAACCAGGACGUUCCUUGUUUUUACUCUGACCCCGUUGCUUGUAACGUGUCCCCUCCCCCCCCCCCCCUCUCAUUCCUUCCCUUUCCUCAUCCUCCUUUGACAUCGAGUAAAAAUGUGAAAUGCUUUUCUUUUUUUGGUAGGGAAGUCAGUUGAUUAAUGACCACCCUGUAAAAUGUGAUGGGUUUGGCUUUUGAGAGGCAGGAAAGAGAAGGGUUAACAUUCAGAAGGACAAAGCCAACAUUUGUUUUGUUUUUUUGUUGAUCAGGGACUUCCAGCAAAUCAAUUUAUACCAUCGGAAAUUAAUUGGAUGGAAUUCUUGUGAGAUAUUUAAAGCAACUGUAUUUUUUUUCUGUUGUACAAUUGAUGGAUCAAACAUGCUUUUUACAAAGAACA